UAGUUGUGAAUUCUGGUCCUGCCACUGUCACUGUUGAUUUGCUUAACCUUGUCUGAGCACGUCUCUCUGGGCUUUAUUUCCUCAUCUAUCUCUGAGGUCCUUUCCAACUGGAAGUUGCAAAGAUUCAUUGAGGGGAGCAAGGAAGGAGAAGCCUCAGCCUGUAGGAGCUUUCCUUUCUUAAAGAAAAAGGUCAACCCCUGGUUCUUAUAGAUGCUCAGAACAUGUUCUUGGGGGAAAAUGCUUAAAGGUUUGCGUUGGGCCCUGCUGGGCCUGGGAAGGUCUCUGGAGAAGAACUUGGGGCAGAAUCAGAAGCAGCAGAAGCUAUGGGUGGCUGCAUGGAGGACGAUGCGCCCCACAAGAGAAGUGAGACCCUGGAGCUGAGGAAGCAUCAUGGCAGUGUUUCUGGAGGCCAAGGAUGCCCAUUCGGUCCUGAAACGAUUCCCUCGUGCCAAUGAGUUCCUGGAGGAGCUGCGCCAGGGCACCAUCGAGCGAGAGUGCAUGGAGGAGAUCUGCAGCUACGAGGAGGUCAAGGAAGUGUUUGAGAACAAAGAGAAAACGAUGGAGUUCUGGAAGGGGUACCCAAAUGCAGCAUACUCAGUCCGAGACCCCUCGCAGAGCUCAGAUGCCAUGUACGUGGUGGUACCCCUUCUGGGGGUGGCAUUGCUGAUUGUCAUCGCCUUGUUCAUCAUCUGGAGGUGCCAGCUGCAGAAAGCGACCCGUCACCACCCCUCCUAUGCUCAGAACCGGUACCUAGCCAGUCGCGCCGGGCACACCCUCCCCCGGGUCAUGGUGUACCGGGGUACCAUGCAUAGUCAAGGGGAGCCUUCUGGGCACCGAGAGGCAGUGAGCAGCCCCCAGGUGGUGGUAGGGCCCAGUCGGGGGGGCAGGACCACAGUCCGGCUCGAGAGCACUCUCUACCUCCCUGAGCUCUCUCUCUCCAGACUGUCCAGCACCACCCCUCCCCCCUCCUACGAGGAGGUGACUGCGCCUCAAGAGAGCAGCAGUGAGGAGGCCAGCAUGUCUUACAGCGACCCACCCCCAAAGUACGAGGAGAUAGUGGCCGCCAACCCUGGCGCUGACAAAUAGUGGGACGUUUAUGCCCUGUCCUGGAUGAACGCCUCUUUCCGAGGUCUCAUAUUUUCUUUUGGACUUUUUAAAGACUGUGCCACCACAAAGCAGCCUUAGCCUCCUUGUUGCCAAAUAAUUCCCUAACUGCGGAGUUUUAGGAAGUCAGUUGUCACAGACAAGUGGGGAGGGUGGGGGUAGGGACCACGCAUGAGUCAAAGCUCCCGGAAGAGCCAAAGGCCAAAGUGCCCAACCCUUUGGGAUGACCCCCAAGCCUCCAACAUCCUGUCUUUUCAUCAGGAACUGGCUUCUCUUAUGCCAAAGGAAUCACCCCAUUGAGUUGAUUGUAACCAGAAUGUCCAAAGGCCGGGCCCGGGGGCUGUGGGGCUGGCUGGAGGCCUGUCUGUGUCUGGAGCCCUAGGCCACAGGGGUAAGGGAGGGAAGCCAGCCUUUCAGCACCCCUUUCCCUCCACAGUUCUGUGCUUUCUGUCCUUGCUUAUAUUUGGAGGACAGGGACAAGGAUUGAGCAAAAACAAAGUGAAAAAAAUCAUGACAAAUAAAUAAUGAACACAAUAGAACAAAACUCUAGCACCCGGGCCGUUCAUAGGAGGCCAAGGGAAAUUCAUCACACGGAUCUGUGAUGCCCACCUGCCCCAAAACCUGUCCCCACAUUCCUGGAAGGAGGACAGGGUGUGUGAAGGAUGAGGGCCAGAGGGCUGGGUGGCAGAGUUUCCUCAUCCACAUUGACCAAGGGGCCCACGUGGACUCUGCCAUUCAGUUUCUAGUGUGCUUGUCUCUCCAGACAUGUGGACCAGCUGUGUUCAAAUCACUACCCACUGGCAUGAGCCUACUUUUUGUGAACGGUGCAUUGAAAUUGAACUUCAGAUUGAGAAUUUCUCCUUAAUGAUGGUGCCCAUCUCGGGAGAAGAUCCUAAAGUGUCCCUUUUAAAACACUUGUGGAGAAGCCCGUGGCCUGGAGUCAAAGGCCCAUUUGGGGUUUGCUCUGCUGUUGCCAGGUGCCAGUCUGUUUUCAGUGAGGCUUUGGACAGCAGUAGGGCAGAAGGCACCUGCCCU